AAGCUAACAGCUAGCCACUAAGCUAACAGCUAACAACUAAGCUAACAGCUAGCCACUUAGCUAACAGCUAACCACUAAGCUAACAGCUAGCCGCUAAGAUAAGAGCUGAGCUAUCAGCUGAGGGGGAAGCAAAACAAACAUCAGCUCCUCAUUUAAGAACAAUGCUGAUGAUUGAUGCUUGAAGAUUUUUAUGAGCUUCAUGAAGUAGAAUUGUUGCUGUAGCAACAACAACAUGGACAACAAACAUGCCCAUGUCAUCGCCAUGACAACUGAGCAAAUUCCAGCUGCUGAAGAAGACCAUGGAAAAAAAGAUAGCUUGACUCAAAAUUGUUUGGCAAUGCAUGAAGCAUUGCUUCAUCUACUUCUUCUUCUUCUUCUUCUGCUUCUUCUUCUUCUUCUUUUAUUUUCUAACACAUUUCCUGAUUAGAACUAUAUAAAAGCUGUGGCGUGUGUGUGAACAAUAACAGUAUCUUAUAAUAAAUGAAUACUGAAUUACUGUUUACGGAUGUAUAAGUUCAACAACUAUUUUCCAUCAGUUUAUUAUUAGAAAAUUAUGAUUUGUGUAUUCACGUCAUAGCUCUCUUAUUCAUAAAAUGAAUAAUGUAUUUUCUUCUUCAAUAUUGGAAUUGAUGUCAUUGCCAGCGUGUUAUAAAAUAAUCUUGUAUUGCAGCACAUUGUAAUAACGUCCAACCCUUUUCUCUGCCUUCCCCCUGCUUUGGUGUCAAACACAUAAUAACAGUAUGACAUUACAUAUGGGACAACUGUAUUCACAGUAAAGAAAUAAAAACAUGGGACACCAAUAUUAAAUGUCCUGUUGGACUCAGGCGGCUCGUGGGGGGGCUGGCGUUAGGUGGGCGCUGGCAGCUGCCUGGCAGCGGGACCCCACCGGCCGACUAUUGAAGAGUUCCCGCAUUGCUGUCAUUCCUGCCGGGGGGUAGCUGAUACCAGCACCAGUGGAAGGUAAGACAGUGGCUCUCUGUGCUUCCUGCAGACUAACAUGUUGCAUUUACACUUCAGGUUUUUGUCAGCUGGGUGGAAACGUUGGUGUCGAUCAUGUCUCUGAAGUUAUUUUCCUGCUGUCUGAGCAUUGUUCGUUGUCACUGAAGCUCUGGGGCGAUAAUCACACGUCUGACGAGAUGGCAGGAGGAAUCUUCACCAGUCGUCUGGACCACCAGUACAACGUGGACUGUACGAGCGUCCACCCCCUGGUGUGUCUCCUGUGUCACGAGCAGUACCAGUCCCCGUGUCUGCUGGACUGCUACCACAUCUUCUGCGCCCGCUGCCUGCGAGGCCGCACCAGUGACAGCCGCCUCAGCUGCCCCCUCUGUGGAUAUCUGUCCGUAGUGAAAGGGAACAACGCCCUCCCUCCAGAAGACCGACUGCUCAGGUUCCUGGUUGACAACAACGCCGACACCGAGGAGAUCGUCCCGUGUGCCAACUGUGACCAGGAGGGUAACAAGAAGGACUCGGGGAUGAUGUUCUUCUGUAACACCUGCAGUCAACCUCUGUGCGCCGCCUGUCGCGAGCUCACUCACAAGGCCAGAAUGUUUUCACACCACGACAUCGUCUCUUUGGCCAAACGCACCAAAGCCAAACACAGGAAGUGCCCUCUGCACGAGGAGCCGUUCAUCCUCUUCUCCACUGAGAACAAGUCCAUGCUCUGUAUCAAGUGCUUCAGAGACAUGCAAGUGGAGAGUCGGACUCACUGCAUCGACAUAGAGACGGCCUACAUGCAGGGGUGUGACAUGUUGGACCAGGCGGUGCUGGUGGUGAAGGAGCUGCAGACUUCGGCCCGGGAGGCGAUCGUCCUGCUGAGAUCAAUGAUCGGAGAAGUGUGUCUGAACGUGGAGGAGGAGGAGAGUGCCAUCUGCAGUCUUUUCAACAGCCUGCAGGAGAAACUGGCCGAGAGGAAGAAGAUUCUGCUGCGAGCGGCUCAGAGUCAACACGAGGAGAAGGAGAAAGCCCUGAAGGAGCAGCUGUCCCACCUGACGGCCUUGUUACCAACGCUCCAGGUUCACCUGGUCACCUGCUCCGCCUUCCUCAGCUCGGCCAACAGGUUUGAGUUCCUGGACAUGGGCUACCAGCUGAUGGAGCGACUGAAGAGAAUCGUCAAACUGCCUCAUCGCCUGAAGCCGGUGCAGAGCAGCAAGAUCAACACCGACUACAGGAGCGAGUUCGCUCGCUGCCUGGAGCCUCUGCUGCUGCUCGGUCAGCGCUGCCCCGCCUCCCUCGCCGGGUCCACCAGCGCCACCACGAGGCUGCAGUCGCCUCUCUCCGUGUGCUGCCGCUCCCCGUCGCUCAGCGAGAUGCCUCUGGGCUCCGUGUUGGGACGGAGGCCGACUUCUCACCGCAACGUCUGCACCAAGGUGCUCCUGGCCGAGGGCAGGGAAACCCCGUUCACCGAGCACUGCCGCAGCUACGAGGACACCUACAGGACUCUCCAGAUAGAGAUCCAGAAUCUGAAGGACCAGGUCCAGGAGCUGCACCGGGACCUGACCAAGCACCACUCCGUCAUCAACACGGGUCAGAUGGGCCAGAUCCUGGACCGAUCGCUGCACAUCGACAGUCAGAUCACCGCCCACUACUCCACCGUGGAGACCACGAGGGUUCUGUUCGAAGAGAUCUGGGACGAGACGUUCCAGAGGGUGAACAACGAGCAGGAGAUCUACGAAGCCCAACUUCUGGACCUGACGCAGCUGAAGCAGGAGAACUUCUACCUCACCACCAUCGCCCGACAGAUCGGCCCCUACAUCCUGUCCAUCGCCAAGGUCAAAGAGCGGCUGGAGCCCAGGUUCCAGGAGCCUAAAGAGCAACUCGACGACCAGACAGAAACUCUGCUGAAGAUCUAUGACGACGGCUCAGAGCCGAAGGAAAGUCACGUCGACAGUAACAACCAGACGUGUGUCACAGACCAACGCCCCCUGGUGGUGGAGUCGGGGGAGAGUCCUGUCAGGACGGAUCCUCCGGGACGACACAGGGGCCCGACGGAGACGUCCGGCCCCCGGGAGGCGUCUUCAUGAGCUCCACGUCAUCGGAUGUGUCUCCGUCUUCGUAACGAGCCCGGGACCCUGAACAUGACGUCCGUCCUCAGCAGCUGUCGACACGUGGACACGGACCGGACGUACGUGAGGCACGUGGAGGUCGAACAGACCAAGAAAACAGAUGAUGCCCCGUUUGUGUUUGGACUGUUGAAAUGAUAAGUAUUCUGAGAUUGUGUACAGUAGAAUUUCUUUUUUUGAAGUAUCGGUUCUUUGCAUAAAACAUUGUUUUUUAGUGGCUGAAGACUGUUGAUGAUGAUGAUGAUGAUGAUGAUGAUGAUGAUGAUGAUGAUGAUGAUGAACGAGCGACGACUGUUGAACCUGUUGAGUGAGCGACGUCGUCGGUCACAUAUUGAUUUGUUUCACGUGUUUCAUCUCGUCCAGGAUGUUUUUCUAUCUGCAGCGUGUUUCCUCUUUUUCUUUUUGUGCUAAAAAGAUGGAUUUACAGUGAGAGUGUGUGUGUGUGUGUGUGUGUGUGUGUGUGUGUCACCGGGCUGGACUUCCAGUGUUUUUAGAUUCCACUCUCGUCCUCCGUCUCCCGGCCGACCGAGGCUGCUUGUGUUCUGCUGCAGGACAUAUUCCUCCUGCUUUGCGUGUCAACUCAGCGGCAGCCAGCUGUAAGGUGAAUGUCCUGCAGGACGUCACAUGUCACCGUAUGUUCCUUCCUAAUUAAUCAUGUUGGUUCUUUAAACACACCUUAUGUUAAUCAGAAUCACGACGCGAGGGUCUUGCCUGUGCCACUGUAAAGGCAGCGACAUGUACAAUCUGAAUUUGCGUUUCAAGGUGAAACCUCCUCGGCUCAGGUAGGGAGGAUAACGAGGAGCAGGACUGACGAAGCUCCGGCGAGCACAAGGGGGAAGGUUAUUUACAUCAGACGUGAGAAGGAGAUGUCGGGUCAGGACGGACCUGAAGGACCAGAGCAGCUCUGCAGAGGUUCAUUAAAAAUACAUCUGUGACAGCAGAGUAACAAAUGGCUGCUCCUGCUUCGGCCCCGUACUCGAUCCCCACGGUCGUUCAUCACGUGCACGCCAACCAGCUCCACGCUGUCCGAGAGCUGGAGGGGGAAAGAAACCUCUGCAGGUUGUUUCACUCCGAGAGCCUCAGUUCACGGAGAGAUGGUUGAACAGACGCACCUUCAUCACAGAGGCUGGACGUCUGUAUCACCGUGCAGUUGAGAUGAAAUGAAGAUAGAAGAGAAAGAUUUAAAUGAAUGUUUAAUGAUCUCCGCGGGAGAAUUGGGUCAGUGAAGGAAUGAAAGAAUAUAAUUAGACCAAAUCGAGCAGAUUGAGAUAAAACCACAAACGGCGAUAAUGAGGAGGAAAAUGCAGCAGAGUCGUAAUUAUGCCGCACACAAAAUCUGCAUUCAUGUAGUUUUACAGGUCAUAUGAUUCUUUAGACUCUACAUGCGGUUCAUGGAGCACGAGGAGAGAAGUCUCCUGCCCGGAGACGCUACGACUCAUAACUCAUCUGUAGAAAAGAGUCACACGUGCGUCACAGUCGCGGACACAGGAGUUGCAAACUUGUCGUUUAUUUCCCUCUGCCACUGAAACAAAACUCCAGCUGCACCUUCUCACAUACUUCAUCCUGUUCUAUGAGUCACAAACGAUGAAAGUCAUACGCUGACAUUUCAGUGACAUUUUUGGAGUGAAUCUGAAGCAAAACACAUCAAAUGAUGUGAAGUCGUGCACAUCAGCACAUCAGCAUGUGGAUGCGUUCAUAGUACAAACGUACAAUGAGAGUUGCACCUUUUUUUUCUUAGACACAGAAGAUGUUUUUUCACUCACAAGGACACAAAAGACUUUUGCACCAAAGAUCUCACUAAGAGUGGAGCAGAAGUGACGCGUGCACCUGCAGCAUCAGGAGCCGUUCUGACCAAUCAGAGGAGCCGGUGGAGGAACGGGCGGAUCCUCUGUUUCUUUGAUGACGGUUCUUUUCCAAUCAUUUAAGCAGACUGUGUUUACUACAACCAAUCAGGUGCGAGGGAUGUCGACCCCCCCCCCCCCGCGGGCUGCUGAGGGUUAAUUGGAAUCAAUGUUGAUGCGUUUAUCACCGACGGCAGAUGGACGAUGCUACAGUGUGAAGAGGUCAGGGGUCGUGGGGGCGGGCCUGAAGAGGUCAGGGGUCGUGGGGGCGGGCCCGAGGGCCAGGGUCUUCACAUCCAUCCGCCCUCAGGGUCAUAUUUUUAUUUCCUGCAUACAUCUUGAAGUGUGAAGGAGAGAACAUGAUGCUAUUUGUAUUCUCAUUUCUAUUCAUUUAUUUCAGAAUGUUUGGGCGUCGGGCCUCUCUGACUCAUCACUGCAUCAGAGUUCCAGAAGGGGAAUGGAUCAAACUGAUGAGAAAUAAAACUAUAGUCAAAGAACAACGCCUGGUAGAACUAACAGCAGGUUGACCCAGGGGACGUAACUUAUUAAUCUCAGACAAUUGUCACUUGUGGAUCUUCUAUCAAAGUGAGGGAAGGACUAAUAAUUAUUUGUUCCACUAUCGUAAUAGAUAAAAAAAUCUAUUGGCCAGUUAGAUUUCAGACACAUUGUCGCCUCUAGACGAGACGUCACCGUCGUGAUUCUCUGCACCGAUCGUCACUAACGUGAUAACUGAGGUGAGAAACUGAGGCUCUGUUAUCACAUCCAACCACAACGACAGCAGGUGGACGAGAUGUGACACACACACACACACACACACACACACCGACAUGAAAACAUGUUUACUGAUGAUAACUACAAUUACAAGAUGGCUGCUGCAGUUAUACACUUUCAAUUCAUGCUUUAUGAAAAGAUGCUCGACUCCACACAUCAAGGCUGCAGUCCAUACACACACACACACACACACACACACACACACACACAAAGAGCCUUGACGCUGACCAGUGAAUACGAUGAAAACCCUCGGGGACACAAACCUUGACUGAAUGUGAAACACUGACAGUCGUUCUCACAAAUGUAACAUUUAAAAUUUCCUUUGAAAUACAUGUAGUUUGGUUCUAAAUAAUAAAGGGGGAGGAUUCUCAUUCAUCAAUAUUAAUCUUGCUCAUCUUUCAAUCAGUGACCAGCUGAUGAGCUGGACGUUCAUCACAUGGACUCUGGAGAAUAAAGUUACCAAUAAAAAAAAGCUUUUUCUUUGAAAAA